AUCACAAAAAUUCAAAAAUAUUACAAGACAGGAGAGAGAGAGAGAGAAAGACAGAGAGUGGGAGGAAGAAGACAAGAGCAAGAGCAGAAAGAAGAAAUGGCAACCUUUGCAGGGACAACCCAGAAGUGUAAAGCCUGUGAAAAGACUGUAUAUUUGGUGGAUCAGCUCAGAGCAGACAGUAAGGUCUACCACAAGGCAUGUUUCAGAUGCCACCACUGCAAGGGCACUCUCAAGGUCUCUCACUUUCUUUCAGCUGUUUUCAUGCUACUUCACUGCUUUCAAAGUUGUUAACUUGUUUAGUGGGGUGUUUUUUUAUUUAGUUGCUCUGUGUUUAGAUGUGUGUCUGGUUUAGUGAGAAAUGAAUGAAGUGUCAUUUUUGGACUGUGUUAAUUGUGCUUUAGUAAUCUGAUUGUGAGUAUUAAAUCAUGGAGAUGCUUCUGACUAAAUAAGGAAAAAUGUACGUCUGAUUGCCACGAUUAAUGCUUCGCACCUAGCUUCUUUAGUACCCAAAGCAAAAAACUGCUAAAACAUAACAAUAAGGUCAAGUAUCAGUGUAUUACUAUUGUGAUUAUCAUAUUUACAAGCAGCAGCACCUAAUAUUAUAAAUAUCUGUUUCAUGGUUUUCUUGUUUGCAGCUCAGCAAUUACAACUCCUUCGAAGGAGUUUUAUACUGCAAACCACACUUUGAUCAGCUUUUCAAAAUGACUGGUAGCCUGGAUAAGAGUUUUGAAGGGGCUCCAAAAACAGUGAGGGAAAGAACUGCUGAUCAGGGACACUCAAGCACUAAAGUUUCAAGCAUGUUUGUAGGAACUCAAGAUAAAUGUGUGGCUUGCAAUAAAACAGUUUACCCCAUUGAAAAGGUUGCUGUUGAUGGAACCUCAUACCACCGUCCUUGCUUUAAGUGCAGCCAUGGUGGCUGUGUGAUCAGUCCAUCAAAUUAUGUAGCACAUGAGCAUAAGCUAUAUUGCAGGCAUCACCACACUCAGCUUUUCAGGGAAAAAGGAAACUUCAGUCAGUUGGAUACGAGCGAUAAAUCUAAGGUUGUCAAUGGGAACAGCAAUGGCAUCACCGGAUCAGUUUAAUAUUAAAUCACAUUUAGCGCGGUCAUAUAUAUAAUCUGGUAUCCUGAUGUUGAACAAACUUCGGGAUAACUUUUCAUGGAGGAGUCUGUUGCCGUUGGUGUAAACAUGAUAGGGAGCUUUCAAAAAUGCUUUAUGAAGUAGUUUACACACUUAGAGUUUCAUUCAGUUGCUGAAUCAUGCAGUCAUUGUCAUGACAACGGGUUUCAAGUAUUUUCAUCAAAUCAUUCCAUAGGCCAUUGCUGUUGUUGCCCCUCUUAUGACUGCUAGAAAACCUUGUGAUACUCUGAUGCUUUUACAAGUGAACAUCAAUUCGUGUGUGAUUAAUAGUUUAUGCAUUUCUAUUAGUGUGAUAUUUUUCCCAAAUUUGUGCCUCCGGAAUCAGCUCAUUCUCAUUAUUCUACCAAGCUUAUCAGCAC